AUGGCAGAAUCUUCAAGUGCCGAUUAUGUUUUUAAAAUUGUUUUAACAGGCGAUUCCGCUGUUGGAAAAUCGAAUUUAUUAUCACGUUUCACUCGAAACGAAUUUUCACUUGAAAGUCGCUCAACAAUCGGUGUCGAAUUUUCAACGAAAGAAGUUCAAAUUGAUGGUAAAACAAUAAAAGUACAAAUAUGGGAUACUGCUGGGCAAGAACGUUUUAUGGCGAUUACAAAAGCUUAUUAUCGCAAUGCUUUAGGUACUCUCAUAGUUUUUGAUAUUCUCAAAGCAUCGACAUUUCAGAAUCUUGAUAAUUGGUACAACGAGGUUCGAGCCAAUGCCGGUAUUGAAUGUUCUAUUAUUUUAGUGGGCAAUAAAGUCGAUCAACGACAUAUGCGUACUGUUCUUUAUGAAAAUGCUAAACGUUAUGCUGAAGAAAGAAAUAUUCCUUAUAUCGAAACAUCAGCAUUGGAUGCAACCAAUGUCGAACAAGCUUUUCGUAGUCUUAUUGCGGAUAUUUAUCGACAUUGGGCAGCUCGAAUAGAUUCUAUGAAAGAUGAUUCGAAUAAAAUUUUACAAGCUACUUCUCAAAUAAUUAAACCUAACUUUACAUCAACAAACAAGCCGACAGAUGAUAAUGGUGGAAAAACAUGUUGUAGUUCCUAA